GCCAUUUUAAAGCCGGUGUAAAAGCUUGGGGAAGGUGAUCUGCCGAAAAACCAUCAAAAACAUAAUAUUUAUUGUAAAGAAUGGCUGAGGGAUCGAAUCAAGAAGAUUUGCAGACUGCCAUCCUGCGCAAGAAAGAGCGCCCAAAUAGACUGAUUGUAGAAGAAGCUGUGAAUGAUGACAAUUCAGUGGUGGCCUUGUCGCAGGCCAAGAUGGAUGAGCUUCAGCUCUUCCGUGGUGACACAGUCCUCCUGAAGGGAAAGAGGCGGCGUGAUACUGUUUGUAUUGUAUUGUCCGAUGAGACCGUAUCGGACGACAAGAUCAGAAUCAACAGAUGUGUCAGGAACAAUCUGAGAGUACGUCUUGGGGACGUCGUCAGUAUCCAGGCCUGUCCAGAUGUGAAAUACGGCAAGAGGAUUCAUGUUCUGCCCAUUGACGACACAGUUGAGGGAAUCACAGGGAAUCUCUUUGAUGUGUUCCUAAAGCCUUACUUUUUGGAGGCGUACAGGCCAUUGAGGAAAGGUGACAUCUUUGUUGCGAGAGGAGGCAUGCGAGCUGUUGAAUUCAAAGUCAUCGAGACUGAUCCGUCUCCAUAUUGCAUUGUUGCACCCGACACAUUGAUCCACUGCGAGGGAGACCCCGUCAAAAGAGAGGAAGAAGAGGAGGCAUUGAAUGAGGUUGGCUAUGAUGACAUCGGUGGCUGCCGCAGACAGUUGGCACAGAUCAAAGAAAUGGUGGAGCUCCCACUUCGCCAUCCACAACUUUUUAAGGCAAUCGGUGUCAAGCCUCCACGAGGUAUCUUGCUGUACGGACCACCAGGAACAGGAAAGACCCUGAUCGCAAGAGCUGUGGCCAAUGAAACAGGAGCGUUCUUUUUCCUCAUCAAUGGGCCUGAAAUCAUGAGCAAGUUGGCUGGCGAGUCUGAGAGCAAUCUGAGGAAAGCGUUCGAAGAAGCUGAGAAAAAUGCCCCAGCCAUCAUCUUCAUUGAUGAGUUGGAUGCCAUUGCACCCAAGAGGGAGAAGACCCAUGGUGAAGUUGAGCGCAGAAUUGUCUCGCAGCUUCUGACCUUGAUGGACGGUUUGAAGCAGAGGGCUCACGUCGUUGUCAUGGCAGCCACAAAUCGACCAAACAGUAUCGACUCCGCUCUCAGAAGAUUCGGACGAUUUGAUCGUGAGGUAGACAUCGGAAUUCCAGAUGCAACUGGACGACUUGAGAUUCUCCGCAUCCACACCAAGAAUAUGAAGCUGUCUGAUGAUGUAGAUCUUGAGCAGGUUGCUCGCGAGACCCAUGGUCAUGUUGGUGCCGAUUUGGCUGCCCUGUGUUCAGAAGCUGCCCUUCAACAAAUUCGAGGCAAGAUGGAUCUGAUAGACUUGGAAGACGAGACAAUUGACGCCGAGGUCCUAGACUCUCUCGCUGUCACACAGGAGGACUUCAGGUGGGCUCUAAGCAAAAGUAACCCAAGUGCCCUCAGGGAGACAUCUGUUGAGGUGCCGUCAGUCACAUGGGAUGAUGUUGGAGGCUUGGAGAAUGUCAAGAAAGAGCUGCAGGAAUUGGUUCAGUAUCCAGUUGAACAUCCGGACAAAUUCCUGAAAUUUGGUAUGACCCCAUCCAAGGGUGUGCUAUUCUAUGGACCACCUGGUUGUGGAAAGACGCUGCUCGCCAAGGCCAUUGCUAAUGAGUGCCAGGCUAACUUCAUCUCGAUCAAGGGACCAGAGCUGUUGACCAUGUGGUUUGGAGAAUCUGAGGCAAACGUGCGAGACAUAUUCGACAAGGCCCGACAGGCAGCUCCGUGCGUCCUCUUCUUCGAUGAGUUGGACUCAAUCGCCAAGGCUCGUGGCGGUAACGUUGGUGAUGGUGGUGGCGCUGCCGAUCGUGUCAUCAACCAGCUUCUGACCGAGAUGGACGGUAUGUCGUCAAAGAAGAACGUUUUCAUCAUUGGCGCGACCAACAGGCCAGACAUCAUUGACCCUGCCAUCCUGCGACCUGGACGUCUCGACCAGUUGAUAUAUAUUCCAUUGCCAGAUGAGAAGUCUAGAAUAUCGAUCCUAAAGGCCAACCUACGAAAGUCACCAAUUUCUAAGGGCAUCGACCUGGAUUUCCUAGCCAAGAACACAGACGGUUACAGUGGUGCUGACUUGACUGAAAUCUGCCAGAGAGCUUGUAAACUUGCAAUCCGAGAGGCCAUUGAGGCAGACAUUCGCCGAGAGCGUGAACGAGAACAGGAGGGUGACAUGGAGACAGACGAUUAUGAUCCCGUACCAGAGAUUAGGAGUGAUCACUUUGAAGAGGCGAUGAAGUUUGCGCGCCGAUCUGUUACGAAGAACGACAUCCGAAAAUAUGAAAUGUUCGCACAGACCCUGUCGCAGACGAGAGGCUUUGGAGACAAUUUCAGGUUCCCACAGGGUGGUGGUCCAAAUCAAGGAGGACCAAGUCGUGGAAAUGAUUCCAGCCACUACGCGCAGGACGAUGCUGACGAUGAUCUCUACAGUUAAUUCAAACGAGGGGCAGGAGGAAUCGAAGCGUGUGGACAUGUUUGUAAGGGAUGUGUAGUCUUAUUGAAGGAUCUUUCUAGCUGGAUGGAUGGAGGAAAUAAAUGAUGUUUGCUUGAACUAUAGUGUUUCCAUAAUUUCUUUUUUUUGUUCCACUAUAGGAUUGUGAACAGUGGGACUUAGCACUAUAGACAUUAUUCCUUCACACCUGUUGUGUACUGUACAAUCAGCAUAUUGCUUUAGCACACCCUUUGAAGAUUCAAGGACAUUCACUUCCAACAAAUGUUUGCGGGAGUGAAUUUUCCACGGUCAACAUUUGUAGUCAACUUUUAGAUUUUCACCGCCGACGCAAAUGUAUCUUCUCGUUUCCUGUUAAAAACUCCAGCGCAGAUCGUAAGCUAGAUUCGGCCUGCUGAAUAUGUGGAUAAUCACGCUGAAUAUGUGGAUAAUCACGUUCCAUUCAGAAACCCCGUAUGGGAAUUCCACGAUGCAUUGCUUUGAUCCUGACUGCUGUGCGGGAAAUGGGGCGGGCAUUGUUUCGCUUGUACAAAAUUCCCUCUUAACUUCUUCUGUGAGUAUAUUCUUGCAUUUUGCAUGUCACCUCAAUGAUCCAAGACAUACUGCUGCUGGUGUUUGUGUUAUCUUGAACUUGAAACAAAAAAAACUUCUCUACAAUCGGACAAGUUUGCGUCAAUGUUUUGACCGUCUUGCUCAAUGUUAAAAAUAGAUCUGCAAAGUAAUGGGUGAAAACCGACACUGUUCUUGAGGUGCGGCAAAGGCCUGUUUACUUACAUGUCCCUUUCAUCUUGGGUCUCAAACGGGUGGGCAGAUUGCCAUAUGCUUGAUUGUGUUGGACCAUGGAACACAAACACUUACCGUACACUUCACUUUUCGCUGAAUACCCAAGGAUGUGAAAAAAACUCCAAAUUAAAACUUAUUUAUUGUACUAUCGGACUUUCUAAGCUGCAUUUACUACUGAAGCAGGUUCAUGUGCUAGAAAAUUUAAAUAUACAUCGAUCAGCCAUCUUAUUUAUAUUUGUAGAUAUGUGAAAAACACUCCCCUUCAUUAUAGCUUGUAUUUUGACCUGGUUGAAAUUGUCGUAUCUUGUGAAAGUUAAACAUUCCCUGUCGGUAGGUUCAGUUGAAAAAGACGAGGAUUUCAUUCCUCUUCCUGUAUUGUAAACCGCCAAUGUAUCUGUUUCUAUUAUUCCUGACCACUCAAUUCAAGUUUACCAAAGUGAAGUUGCUGGAACAAUUAGAACUGAAUUGGAAGAAGAAAAUGUUUAAAAUAAAAAUAAAAUGUAUAUGAUUCAUAUGGCUUGAACAACUACCGUAGUUAAGUAUGCUGCAGUAUUUAUUCGUUUGAAUUCACUUGUACAGUUCUGUAUGUUGCAGUUCAUAAUUUAGUCUAUGUAUGUAAUCUUUAAUGUGAAAGAAAUAUCUGCACUCAUUAUAAGAAUAUGAUGUACAAUGCUCUGCUGUGUGAUGUACCUUGAGCACAGAGAGAAAUAAAGUUGCAGAUAUUGAUUUGUUAAA